AUGGCCCCGGCCGUUCCCCUCUGCCGGGCGGGGCCGCCCCGUCCCCGGCCCUGGGCGGCCCGGCGCGGUCCCGCCCUCGCCCGGCUCCCGGCGCGCCGGCUGUGGCGCUGCUGGGCGCUCCUGUGGGGCGGGCUGUGGGGCGGGCGGUGGGGCGGGUUUUGGGGCGGGCUCUGGGGCGGGUUUUGGGGCGGGCUGGUGGACGGGCUGUGGGACGGGCUGUGGGGCGGGUUUUGGGAUGGGCUGUGGGACGGGCUGUGGGGCGGGGUCGGCCUCGCCGCCCCUUGGCUCCGCCCGGCUCGAGCCCGGCGCCUGCCGGGGUCGGCGGGGGACGCGGGCGCCGCGGCCGCUGCCGCCUCCUCGGCGGGUUCCCCGGGCAGAGCUCCGCCGCCGCUGCCCGCUGCGGGUGGGGAAGCCCGGCCCGGGCCGCUCGAGGGGCGCUCGGGGGCCGUGCCGGGCCCCGGCCCGAACGCUGACGGCCACGUCUCGCCCGCGCGGAAGGCGAAGGGGCCCCUGCAGAAGCGCUACCGGCUGGGUUCGCUGCUGGGCAGCGGCGGCUUCGGCCGCGUCUACGCGGGGACCCGCCUGGCGGACGGAGCCCCGGUGGCCAUCAAAGCCGUGCCCCGGGAUCUCAUCCGGCGCUGGGGCGAGCUGCCCGACGGCACCCUGGCACCCCUGGAGAUCGUGCUGCUGGACAAGGUGUCCAAUGGCUUUCGUGGUGUCAUCCAGCUCCUGGAGUGGUUCGAGCUCCCCAACAGUUUCUUGUUGGUGAUGGAGCGUCCGGAGCGCUCUCGGGACCUCUCUCGCGUAAUCACGGCGUGGAGGUUCCUGCCGGAGGAGAUGGCGUGGGGGCUGUUCCGCCAGGUGCUGAAGGCCGUGCGGCACUGCACCAGCUGCGGCGUCCUGCACCGGGACAUCAAGCCCCAGAACAUCCUCCUCCACCUGGCCACCGGCAAGGCGAAGCUCCUUGACUUUGGAUGUGCCACCUUCCUUCAGGACACCGUCUACACCCAGUUUGCAGGAACACCGUCAUACAGCCCGCCAGAGUGGAUCUGCUUCAAACGCUACCGCGGCGAGGCGGCCACGGUCUGGUCCCUGGGCAUCCUGCUCUACCAGAUGGUCUGCGGGAAGCACCCGUUCUGCAGAGGCACCAACACCAUCUGGGACCAGCUCCCGUUCCCACCACGGGUCUCUCGAGGUGGAUACCAAUCUUUGUGGCACGGGGGGAAUAACGGUGUUGGGAGAGGGCAGCGGGCUCACGAGGACGCCGCUCUUGAAGCUGUUUGUGUCCCAUGGGUGGCUGGAGGAGGUGGCCUGUGUCCUGCCAUCCUGCUCUCCUCCAAAAGGGAGAAUCAAUGGAGAAGUUUGGGCACAGCUCUGAGCACAGCCAGCACAGCCUGGGCGCGUGGACAGUGGGACAAAGGGGACAGGAUCCUUCUCCAACUGACCGGCGAUUUUCCCCCCAGGGUGCCAGCACCUUGUCAGGUGGUGUUUGUCCAUCCGCCCCUCAGACAGGCCAUCAUUGGAAGACCUAUUGUGCCAUCCUUGGGUGCAGGGCAUUCACCUGCUCUAGAAGACAGGAGAGAUCCAUGUGCUCACUUUGAUCCAGGGGCCUGGGAAGGAGAAGGGGCCUCUGGAGAAGCUGUGCCGGGUGGGGCUGCUGCUGGAGACAUCGAGGACGACGUCAGGGAUGACAAGCUCUUUGUUGUUGACCUGGACACCGGCGAGCUGAAGAUGAUGGGCUUUGAUUCUGGCCCCUUCCUCCAAGCCGUGCUCCACACGCCGUUUGCAGAUGAGUCCACACCCAGGGGGGAAGAGUUGGAGCUGGUGCCCAGUCUGGAUUGGGAAGGGCUGGGACCAUCCCUGGAGAGGAUCUGA